AAAAAAGGUUUUGACGUGUAUGUUUAUUUUGAAAUCUACAAAGGGAUACUCAACUGGAAGAUGGAUGGUACAUUUUUGACAGUCGUAUGGAUUUUAGUUGUCGAAAUGCAAAUGAGCUUAGGUCAGGAAAAUGGUAUCAUACGCCUUGGAUAUAUCACUGGGUCAAAACGGCCAAACACUGAUAAAAUGAGUAUGUAUAGAAAGCCGGGACAAGUAAUAUCAGGAGCUAUUACACUUGCUGUUAACGAAAUAAACAACGACACCACAGUCUUACCAAAUCAUAAACUCGAGUUUGUUAUCGCAGAAACGUAUGGAGAAGAAGCGAUUAGCGUUAGAGAGACCGCUAUGCUUCCAAACAAGAAUAUUUCGGCGUAUAUCGGCCCACAGGAGACGUGUGUGCACGAAGCUUUCAUCGCCAGAGGUUUUAAUCUCCCCAUGAUUUCUUACUACUGCCCAGAUUAUGAAGUCUCUGACAAAGAUAUGUACCCAACAUUUCUACGGACACGCCCUCCUGAUUCACAGAUAUCUAAGUCAGUUGUGUCGUUGUUGCUUGGUCAGAAUUGGAAGAAAGUGUCGUUCAUAUACAGUAGCAAGUUUGCUCAUAUUGCGGACACAAUAUCAGAGCUUCUCAAGGAAAAUGAGAUCUCGGUAUCAAAUACCCGGAUGUUUACAGGGCCAUACUUUCACGGUCACGGCGAGAAUCCCUUCGUCAGAAUCGUUAAAGAUACUUACAUAACUACUAGAAUUUAUGUGAUGUUGGCCGAACACUACGAGUUUGUUGGAUUAAUGAGUCAUCUGCAAAACAAGGGACUCUUGGACACAGGCGAAUAUUUUGUCAUCGGGGUUCAGCCCUACCAGUAUGACCCCAUAGCCCCGGCAAGUUAUAUCCAAGGUAAGUAUUUCCGUUACCCAAUACGCCUCCAUAUGUCACGCCAACAAUAA